UCCAUUACUUGAUUUGUUUAGCAACAAAAGUGCAAAAACCCAUUAAACAAAAGUUGAAACACACGCAGCUUCACACACUACGCUCCCUCCGGCAUUCCCCCAAUCGCAAUUGCAUCCGCAUAUAUCUUCACACGAUUGUAUGUCAUAUGUUCUUCACUCACACCUCAGUUUUAUCUUUAUCGCAGGAUGACAACUUGUAUUCACACUGAUUUAUAGAAAAACCCACGAAUUUGAGCAUCAAAUUCUUGAAUCUUGAAAAGGGUGGGCGAACACGCGGAGAAAGAUGGCGGACAUGGAUCAGCUGUUGACCAAGAAGGUAGCCGAUCGUUAUCUCAAACGCGAAGUUCUCGGUGAAGGUACAUAUGGUGUCGUUUACAAAGCCAUCGAUACUAAGACUGGGCAAGUAGUUGCUAUCAAGAAAAUUCGUUUGGGGAAGCAGAAGGAAGGUGUCAAUUUCACAGCUUUAAGAGAAAUUAAGUUGCUCAAAGAGCUUAAGGAUCCUAACAUCAUCGAGUUGAUUGAUGCAUUCCCUCACAAGGGGAACUUGCACCUUGUGUUUGAGUUUAUGGAGACAGAUCUCGAAGCUGUUAUUCGUGAUAGAAAUAUUGUUCUUUCUCCAGCUGACAUCAAGUCAUACAUUCAGAUGACACUGAAGGGGCUUUCCAUUUGCCAUAAAAAAUGGGUCCUGCAUAGGGACAUGAAACCGAACAACUUGCUGAUUGGACCUGCUGGACAACUUAAACUUGCAGAUUUUGGUUUAGCUCGUAUAUUUGGAAGCCCUGAUCGAAGGUUCACACAUCAGGUUUUUGCUAGAUGGUACAGAGCUCCCGAGCUUCUGUUUGGUGCCAAACAAUAUGGUCCAGGGGUGGAUGUAUGGGCUGCAGCAUGCAUAUUUGCUGAGCUGCUUUUACGUCGACCUUUUCUGCAGGGAAACAGUGAUAUUGAUCAACUAGGAAAGAUAUUUGCGGCUUUUGGGACGCCAAAGGCAUCCCAAUGGUCAGAUAUGGUCUAUCUUCCAGAUUAUGUGGAAUAUCAGCAUGUGCCUGGUCAAACACUGCGCACAUUAUUUCCCAUGGCUAGUGAUGAUUGUUUAGACCUUUUAGGGAAGAUGUUCAUGUAUGAUCCUAAAGCAAGAAUUUCAGCUCACCAGGCUCUGGAGCAUAGGUAUUUUUCUUCCAUACCUCCACCUACAGAACCUGCUUUGCUUCGAAGACCUCCGCCAAAGAAGGAAUCGGCCAAUCCAAAGGCCUCAGAGUUUAAUCCUCUGGAUGGACCAACAGUGCUGUCUCCUCCUAGAAAACAAAGAAGAGUCAUGCCUCAACGGGAGGGCUUUGAUGUGAAUGCUCACAAUACGAUCAAGAUGGACGACCAUGGCAAUGAGACAAAGCAGGCAGCCGGGGAGAGGAGUGAGCACGCUCCAAUGUCUUUGGAUUUUUCAGUUUUUGGCAUGAGGCCACCAAAUAGACCAACUAUUAACAGUGCUGACAGAUCACAUCUAAAGAAGAAACUUGAUCUUGAAUUUCAACUACCCGAAGAAGAAGAAUAACCUUGUAGACAAGCACGUACGGAUAUCUGAUUUCUGCACAAUGUAUAAAGCUUCCUACCCGAGUAUUACCCUCGCAGAUUUGGAAAUCGACUGUGUCCCGAGGAGGAGCCAUAGGCUGAAUGGAUUUAACUAAUGAUUGUGUAGCCCUGUACUUUUUAACCGGAAGACAAAUCACAUUGCCGGUAAUUUUUGUUUUUCUUUCAUUUUCACUUGUUCUAAUUAAUUGAUGGUUGGCAAAAGUUCAACAUGCAAAUUGUCUAUUAAUUCUUGUAUUAAGUUGUGAGAGAUCUGAAUGUUUUGCGGCUGUUUACAUCUAUUCGUUAAAAGAAACCAUGUACUCAAAUUUCGAGCACGUUCUAGGUCGUUUUUGUUUGUUGUAGACUGGAUUUCACCUGUAAUAAUUUUACUCAAUUAUGUGAAACGUAGUGAAAUAUUGCUAUAUGAUUUUAUUAAAA